GGCAAAGUCCAUUUGGAAAUUAAGCUUCAGUCUGGUUUCAUUAUUUAUGAAUUGCUAAAACAAAUAGCAGUCAGUGAAGCAGGGUUAAAUUUUUGGUUGUGUUCUAGGAUCUGGUCUAGAAAAUCCUGCGGUGAACUUUCUGGUGUACUGCCUGAGAGCUCCGAGGCUGUGUCUGGGCACCCCUGCUCCUCUCCCAUCACAGAAACGGGAAUCAGUUAAGCUGCCCUUUGCACAAAGGAUUAUUUUUUUGAAAAUCCAAUCAGAACAUACUUUGGAGUGGAGGUCCUUCAAGACAAUGGCUUUUGUAUCCUUGGCUGACUUUGAAGCAUAUGCUAAAGAGAAUCUCCCUAAGUUCACUUGGGAAUUCAUUGAAGGAGGAGCUGAUGAAUGCAUCACAAGAGAUGAGAAUAUCUCAGCAUAUAAAAAAAUCCAUCUCCGACCCCGUUUCCUAAGAGAUAUGUCUGUAGUAGACACCAGGACCACAAUCCAAGGGUCUGAGAUCAGCUUCCCAGUUUGCAUUGGACCCACUGGCUUCCACUGUCUUUGUUGGCCUGAUGGAGAACAGAGUACAGCUAAAGCAGCACAAGCCAUGAAUAUCUGCUAUGUUACCAGUACUUUUUCCACAUGCUCCUUUGAGGACAUCGUGGCUGGUGCCCCCAAUGGCCUCCGAUGGUUUCAACUAUAUAUUCAACGGGACAAGCAAAUAACAAAGCAGAUGAUCCAGAAGGUGGAAAGCCUAGGCUACAAAGCUCUAGUCAUCACUGUAGAUACUCCUACUUUGGGCAAUAGACUGCACGAUCAUCGCAACAGAUUCUCUUUGCCAGUAUCAGUGUCAUUGAAAAACUUACAUGUGGCUAUUGAGGCCACAGAAAACACAGAGAGUCUUCUCCCAGUCUCAAACAUUGAUCCAUCCACCUGCUGGAAAGACCUUGCCUGGAUAAGAAGUAUAACACAAAUGCCCAUCAUUUUGAAAGGAAUUUUAACAAGGGAGGAUGCUGAACUGGCCAUAAUCCACAAUGUGCAGGGCAUUCUUGUCUCCAACCAUGGUGGAAGGCAGCUGGAUACAGUUCCAGCCACAAUUAAUGCCCUGACAGAAGUUGUGAAUGCUGUGCAAGGGAGAAUGGAAGUCUACUUAGAUGGGGGCAUCCGAACUGGAACAGAUGUAUUAAAGGCACUAGCUCUUGGUGCAAGGUGUAUUUUCCUUGGAAGGCCAGUCUUAUGGGGUCUUACUUACAAGGGUGAAGAAGGAGUUCUACAAGUCUUGAAUUUAUUAAAGAAGGAGUUCAGUAGAUCCAUGUCCCUUACAGGUUGCCGGUCAAUUUCGGAGAUCAAGCAGGACUUGGUACAAUUCUCCAGGCUAUAAGAAGUGACCUUUCAAAGGGGAUUUGAGGACUGGAUGCAUCAAGUGACCAUAUGGACACCCCCACCCCCACCCCCUGCUUACAACACACACACACACACACACACACACACACACAAUCCUUGACACCUGGAUAAAGGAAACAGCUCAACAGGGCAACUGUGUCAUCAAACCGGAUUCUAGGAUCAUUGAUAACUGGAAUUCUGAUGCCAUCCUGUUAUCAAUACAACUGAUUGGUUUCCUCCUUCUUUGUCAAGGAGUGGCUGACUUUCUCCCUCAUCUCCCUGGCUCUGCCGGCACAUUUUGUGCCCAGAGGCCAGACUGGAUAACUUGGGCAUCCCAAUGAGAAUGAAGAAUAUUUGCAGCAAUAAACAACAUAGUGCUCACUUUGGAAGGGGCAGAGAAGGACAGCAGCACUGAUUCAGUGGUCAUAGAGCCCCCAAAUUCCAAGGAUCCAAUCGCUUCCUUCAAUGUAUGAGGACUAUUCUGACUGCAUCAAAAAAACUAGAGGCCGGCUUCUGAGUGACUCUCCAAAAGACCUUCACUGAUACAGACAUCACAGUUUGUCUCUUUCCAGGCCUCAAUUCAUUGUCUAGUGAUAGACUAUAUUAAAGAUCUUGGCCUCUCUUCUAAACAUAA